GUGUCAUCUACCAGCUGUGUGUGAAACCUGGUGCACAAGGCUGGCCUGAUAUUCCAUCAUGUAGCAGUAAAUACAAACUGAACUGUAUCAGUGACCACAGAGUUAUUCUGUACUGAUAGUGGUACAUGGCUGUUAUAUUCAAGAAAGUGCUGGGAGUUGUAUUUUACAGGGACAUGGAGCCAAACAACAGAACAACACAUACGGUAACAGAAUUCCUCAUCACAGGAUUGGAUGAAGUACAACACCCAAAGCUGGUGGGACUAGCCAUUUUGUUGGUCCUCUUUCUCAUUCUGAUCGGAAGCAUCACUAACAUUUGUGUCAUAGCAUUUAACAAGCCUCUGCAUAUCCCCAUGUACUUUUUUAUUUGCUCGCUGGCAGUGGUAGACAUAGUCUACACCAGCGGCAUUAGUGUUACAAUGCUUAACGUUCUCCUUGGUGAGGAGAGAAGAGUCCCCUAUGCACCCUGCAUGAUACAGUGCUUCUUAUUUCAUUUAGGAAGUUCUAUGGAACCCUUCGCUAUUGCUCUAAUGGCUUAUGAUCGCCUUAUUGCAAUUUCAUAUCCUCUUCGAUAUCAGACUAUCUUAACUAAUACAAAUGUAUGUUUACUUAUAAUAGCGACUUGGGCACUAGGCUGCAUGUUUGCCAGUUUGUCAACUGGCUUAGUGAACAAUUUGCCCUUUUGUGGCUCAAAUAAACUCCCAUACAGCUUUUGUGAAUAUGCAGCCUUAGUAAGAGCAGCAUGUGUGAAUCCUACAUUUUAUUUCAGUGUAGCUUCUACUGUGGCGACCACCACAUUAUGGGUUAAUUUAGCCUUGAUAUUCUUCUCAUACAUGAAGAUAGUUUAUGUAGUGAUACAAAUGUCUUCAUCCAAAGACAGGAGGAAAACAUUUAACACCUGUGUCUCCCACAUGAUAGUGGUGGCUUGCUUCUUUAUCCCCAAGGUGUUGUUAAUAUUGGUCACCAGGGUUGGUUUGGUUCUCACGCUCUCUCAUAGAAAUGGCCUAAUCAUUGGCUCUACUCUGGGCCCCUCUCUUGUGAACCCACUUGUGUAUUGUCUCAAAACCAAGGAGAUUAGAGGGCGCCUGAAAUAUAUUUUCAAGAGAUCUAACAUUUCUCCAAAUAUGUAAUGGUUAGGGUUACCAAAGCCAUUUCUUGUUUCUUGCUUGUUCCAAUAAAAAGUGGUUGAGUCAAAACUGUUCCCAUGUUAUUUCAUCAUUAAUGUAACCAUGUUGAAUCAAUGUUGAGUUUUGAUUUAAUUUGUUAAAAGUCAUUUUUUAUUUUUAUCUCAACUUAACCAGUUCAACUGUGAAUCAACAAGAGUGUCAAAGUUUGGUUGAUUUAGAUCACAGGUGUCAAACUCAUUCCAUGGAAGGCAAUGUGUCUGCAGGUUUUCACUCCUGUCUUUUACUGACCACGGGAGAUCACUGGUCAGUUAGGAACUCCCCUCACUUAAUACACUAGGACUUAAUUGGUCACUGGUUAGUUAGGAACUCCCAUCACCUGAUAUUCUAGGUCUUAAUUGCACACAAAUUGUCAGGAAAUAACAAAAAUCAGUAGACGCUGAGCCCUCCAAAGAAUGAGUUUGACACACCUGAUUUAGAUUAGUUUGAUGUUUUUUGACAACAAAAUAUAAACGUCAGUCAAAAUUGAUUUGAUUUGACAAUUUAGCCCAUUCGAACAAUAUUAAACGUUAUCUACUGUUGAAUGCAAUUUUAUUGAAAUGUCCAGUGUUAUCGUAAAGUAUAUGUAGUAAUGGACCACAAAUAGAUUAUUGCAGUAUUAUCUUAAAAAUAGGAUCUGAUCUAGACAAUUGACUACAUUGUUGUUGCAGUUCUUAAGAUUAACAGCACCAAAGGCUGCCUCAAAACCCUUUCUAUCUGCAGUGGCCAGCUGAUCGUCAUUGCCCUCUAUAUUCUAGCUAGAAUUUGUAUGUAUAUGUCCAGUAAUACCGGCAUUAGAUUCAGCACUGAUUUACAUAUUGUUAUUAUCAUGUUGUAUAGCCUGCUCCCUCCUAUGAUCAAUCUACUGAUAUACUGUUUCAAGACAAAAUAUAUAAAACAGAGCUUGAUGAAAAGAUUCAAAACAUGAUCUGGUCCACAGAA